AUGAGGCCGGCAGGCUGGAAGGCGGUGAGGGAGACGACGGCGGUGGCGUGGCCUGGGUGGAGGGGGCGCGGCGCAGAGGGAUGGCGCCACGUCGAGCGGGGCCGCGCGGGCUCAUGCAUUCCUGCUCAGCACACUGAUGGUGUCCAUAGUGUUGACCCCAAGGCUGGCCGAAGGCGAGUUCGUCUUGAUGAAUUGUGCUUCGCAAAGUUUCCGGAGCAUUCCGAGAGGGCCGUGAGGUCAUGGAUCGCUCAGGGGAAGGUGGUGGUGGAUGGCACACCAGUGGACAAAGCAGGGCAGCAGGUGCUCAGGAGUUCAAAAGUCGAAUUGAAAGCCAUUGAGAAGAAGUACGUCUCACGAGGUGGCUUGAAGCUUGAAGCUGCCCUCCAACGGUUUAACAUCAAAGUGGCUGGUCAGGUUGCAAUGGAUGCUGGCAUAUCAACGGGUGGCUUCACAGAUUGCUUGCUGCAACAAGGAGCUUCGAAGGUGUAUGGCAUUGAUGUGGGCUAUGGGGACGUUGCCUACAAGUUGCGGCAGGAUCCAAGGGUCGUGCUGCUCGAGCGGACGAAUUUGCUGCACCUUGACACAGACUUGAUCGACCCGCCUGCCAGCUUGGUGACUCUAGAUUUGUCGUUCAUCUCUGUUCUGAAGGUGAUCCCUGUAGUGCAGGAAUGCAUGGAGGUGAACGGCGACCUUGUGGUCUUGAUCAAGCCGCAGUUCGAGGCUGGCAGGGAGCACGUGGGCAAAGGGGGGCUGGUCCAAGACCAACGAGUGCAUGAAGAAGUCGUCGAAAAAAUCGCCUCAGGCAUUGCAAGCAUGGGCUUCGACUGCUGCGGGAGCAUGGAUUCACCGAUAUUGGGAGCCGGCUCCAAAAACAAGGAAUUCCUCGCUCACUUCCGGCUGGUGCGGCCUCCGCCUUCGUCGUGA